AUGGCUGCGUCUCUCUGCACCGUCGUUUGCGCCGUGGCCACCUCUCUGGCCGCGGCGCUGGCGUCAGUUCUCGCGUGGCUGUGGUUCUGCAGGCUGCGCACCUCGGCCCCUGGUCCGCCGACCGUGCCACUGCUGGGCAACACGAGGCUCCCCUUCAGGCUCCCCGCACUCGUGCACAGCCUCAGAGAGACUCACCAGCGCUACGGAGACAUCUUCAGGUACUACGUGGGUCCCAAGCUGUUCAUUGUGAUAUCGCGCCCAGAAGACGUGCGGAAAGUCCUGGCGUCGACCAAGACGCGGGAGCGGGACCCUGUCUUCAUGCACAUCCUUCGGACUCUUGUGAGCGACGGACUCAUUACCAGCACGGGCGACACUUGGAAGAGGCACCGCAAGGCCAUCGAACCAGCUUUCCACGCUGAGGUACUCGCGAAGUUCACUGGAACAUUCAACGAGAGCGGACGCUAUCUAUGCGAGAAGCUGGCGGAGUCUGCUGGGGCGACAGUGGAUGUUUACCUCAUGCUGAUGGAAUGUGCGCUGCGCACCAUGGUGAAGGUCAUCUUUGGUGUCGAGCUGGAUCGUCUGGAGCCAGACCGAAGCAAGCAUUCCCGUAUAGCGGCCAUCAGGAAAAUGUCGGCAAUAAUUGUCCGACCCUGGAAGACAAUUACUGGCGCCAUGUGGCUGAGUGCAGAAGGUCGGGCAGUGAAGAGGAACAUUGCGGAGUUCAGAAGCCUAGUGAAGCGUGGCCUCGCGAUUGCAAGAGAAAAUAUGAUGGCCGACGGUUCAACUCCUUUGGUCUACUUUCUUUCGGAGCAGAAGCAAGGGCAGCACUUGACUGAAGAAGAAAUAUACAAUGAAAUACGCACCCUCAUUGUGGCCGGCGUGGAGACGACCGCAGCCUCCAUGGGCUUCACGCUGGCGCUGCUCGGGCUGCACCCAGAGUGGCAGGACGCGGCGCAGAGGCAGCUGGAUGGCGUGUUCGGGUCUGGAGACGACUAUCUGAGGCCAGCCACUGUGUCUGACCUCUCCCAGCUCACGGUCAUAGACGCUAUUAUAAAGGAGUCGCUGCGGCUGUUUCCGACAGCCCCCAACAUGCCGCACCUGGUGACCGAGGACACGCCGCUGUGCGAUGGUCGUUACUUGGCGCCGAGGGGCUGCUGCGUGCUUGUGUCGUUCCUGCUGAUGCACCGCCGGCCAGACCUGUUCCCUGAGCCCGAUCUGUUCGACCCCGGCCGCUUCCUGCCCGGAGGCAGCGCCACCAGCAGGCAGCCGGGCAGCUACCUGCCGUUUGGCACAGGACCUCGCAAGUGCGUGGGCGCGCGCUUCGCCGACCUGGAGAUGCGGGUUGCGCUGGCUGCAGUGCUGCGCAGGCUCCGCGUCCGACCCGGCUCCACCAGGCAGCAGCUGGAGCAGAUUCCUUACUCCGUCACAGCACACCCACUCACCGGCUAUCGUGUUUCUUUUGUUCCAUGGGAUAAUGUACCAGUAGCUUCCUAGCUUGCCGUCUAAAACUGAACGUAUGAACAGGAUGAGUAUGAAGAACCCUUGCAUUUCCUGAACUGUUCAAAAUACCGAAACGAGGUUUCGCCAAAUUAGAGUACGAAGAGGGAUUGUAAUGCUAUAUAGUCGCGUAUGUGCCCUAACCGUUUACAAAAAAUGGUUCAAAUGGCUCUGAGCUCUAUGGGACUUAACUGCUGCCGUCAUCAGUCCCCUAGAACUUAGAACUACUUAAACCUAACUAACCUAAGGACAUCACACACAUUCAUGCCCGAGGCAGGAUUCGAACCUGCGACCGUAGCGGUCGCGCGGUUCCAGACUGAGGCGCCUAUAACCGUUUACAAAUGCACGAGUUCAGCAUUUCCUGUCCUCACUUGGGCGGGUAUGUGGACCGUGUGCCUCAAUCUCAUGUGGACCUACAGAUGGUCUAGAGGGUGAUAACAUCAUUCAGAGAACGGUAAUAUCAUUUGUUAUUGGUUUUUCCGACUUAAGCUUACUGCAAUUUGAUCAAAGAGAAUUUUACUCCAGACGCGUUUCACUCUUAUUUAUAAAACAUCUUCUGUGUUCAUUCUGCAAAUUGGAUACAUAUGUUUGUACAUUUUUAGUUGAUUUACAUUAAAAACAGCGUUUUGUUUAUAAAGUUACAGUGGAAAUUUCUUACGGCGUUCCAGCCUCUUCUUUACACAUUCUCCAAACAACUGCUUACUUCCUUUCAUUAGCAGCAGUUGAUAUCGAAAGACUACGUUUCACAUGCACACUCGGCAAUUUUUUUCCUUUGCACUUUUUCUUGUGCUGAGUGAGAACACACAUAACUUCAGUUCGAUCUGCAAAAGCGAAGUGAAGUGUAAAUAACACAAAUACAGAAUGUGUAAAUAACAGGCUGCAACACCGUAAGUAAUUUGCGCUCCAACUUUAUAGACAAAACCCUGUUUUUAAUCUAAAGCAACGAAAAAUAUACAAACUUAUAUAUCCAAUUUGCAGAAUAAGCACAGAAGAUGUUUUAUAAAUACAAGCGAAAUGCGUCUGGUGUAAAAUUCUCUUCAGUUAAAUUUCAAUAAGCUUAAGGCGGAAAAACCAAUAACAACUGAUUUUAACCGCUGUUGCGGAAAAUGUCCACUCAAACAAAUACAUUAGUGUUCGUGAAAGUCACUCACUUUUGCGUCGAGUCAGAUUACAGCAACGCGCCACUCCUCUUCUGCACAGCACCUGCGAUUUGACUACACUCCAUAGGUGCACAGCAUGCUACAUAACAUUCUUUAUUUUACGAACACACUUGCACAUAUUUUUAAAGCGCUUUAUCCAAAGUACUCACCUACACUUCACACAGUUGCAUACACAUUGAUUUACUAGUGGUCACAGCAGACUAUUGACUGACCAUUACUGU